CAUAUAAAGAUGAGUUUUUGUGAACAGUGGAAACCAGCUUCAGCUAUGCUGGCUAUUAACUUUGCCUUUUCAUUAGUAAAUUUACUUCUCAAGAAGACAAUUGAUAGAGGUUUGAACCAUUUGGUUAUCGUUACAUAUCGACAGGCCAUGUCUACUAUUUUAUUGACACCAAUUGCCUUCUUUUGGGAGAGGAAAAGCAGAGCUGAGAUGACGCCGCGCAUUUCUUGUUACCUUUUCUUCAGUGCUUUAAUAGGGGUAACUCUCACACAGUUCUUGUUCCUACUUGGACUUCAAUACACAUCAGCUACUUUUUCUUGUGCAUUUCUCAACAUGGUGCCUGUUUUCACAUUUGUAUUGGCACUGCCAUUUGGCCUAGAAAAGCUGAACCUGAAAAGCAUAGGUGGCUGCGCAAAGCUGUUGGGUACUCUCACAUGUGUCGUUGGAGCCUUGGUGUUAACAUUCUACAGAGGAAUGCAGCUAACUCAUUUACAUGAACACCAAGCCACAGAAAACCAUGCCAGCAUGACAAAUUCACCCAAAAAGGCGAAAAAUUGGGCGGCCGGUUCAGUACUCUUGACUGCAGGCAGCCUCUCGUGGUCUUCAUGGUUCCUAUUGCAAGCAAGGAUUGGGAAGAUGUUUCCAUUUCAAUAUUCAAGCACAGCCAUUGUGUCCUUCUUUGGUGCCAUUCAGUCAGCCAUACUGAGUUUGAUCACUGAGAGAAGAAUCUCCAUGUGGGUUCUGCAUGAAAAGUGGGAUAUCAUUAGUGUUGUUUAUUCUGGAAUGGUGGGAUCAGGGUUGUGCUAUGUUGGGAUGUCAUGGUGUGUGAAGCAAAAGGGUCCAGUCUUCACAUCAGCAUUUACUCCCUUCACACAGAUUUUUGUAGCAUUUUUCGAGGUCUUUGUCAUGCAUGAACCAGUUCACCUUGGAAGUUUGCUGGGAUCUUUCUUGGUCAUAAUGGGUAUGUACACUCUUUUGUGGGGUAAAAGCAAAGAGAUCGGGGGAGUUCAUACAAAGCAGAACCAAGUAGCAGAAGAGGCUGAAGGUUGUAGUACCUCAGCAGUCUCUCAAGUCAUUCCUGUCACAAUCAAUCCAAGAAGUUCUUGAACUAAGUUUUAGCCAUAAUGUCUCUGUAACUGUAACUGUAACUUUAACUCACAAUCUUAAGAACAAUUGUUUGGAGAAGCUUUUGUGAUAACUACUUUGAGAU